UUUUUCUUUUCUCGGUUAGAAAUCGUCAAUCUUUCCUCUCAUCAAAACUCGGAAAUUCUCUCCACAAAUUCAUCUACGGACACACACAUACACAGAUAGACACAGACACAGACACGCAGAGAGAGGUAACCGAGGAAGAAGAAGAAGAUCCAUCAAUGGGAUCGGAGCUAAUUCACAGAGCCGCCCCCCACGGACCCCAACCCGACGGCCUCGUCGGGGACUCCGGAAACCCCACGCCAUCGACGAAACUCACAUCGUCCCCUAUUCGCUACAUCCUCCGGCAGCAGCGUCUGGGGUGCCUCCUCUUCGGGAUCGCCAUCGCCGCCCUAGUAUUCACCGCGGUAGCGCCGGGUCACCCUCCGCGUCAUCGCCCGAGGGCGUACGUGGCGUCGGAGUCGGGGCGGGUGCCGCGUCGGGUGGCGUACGAGAUCAGGGGAGAGGAGGGGAGGGUGCCGGCGGGGUUGAGGAGGAAGGGGCAGCGGAUAGUGGUGACAGGGGGAGCGGGGUUCGUGGGGAGCCACCUCGUGGACCGUUUGAUGGCGAGGGGCGACAGCGUGAUCGUCGUGGAUAACUUUUUCACGGGGAGGAAGGAGAACGUGAUGCACCAUUUGGGGAAUCCGAGGUUCGAGCUGAUCCGGCACGACGUCGUCGAGCCCAUCCUGCUGGAGGUGGACCAGAUCUACCACCUCGCCUGCCCCGCCUCUCCCGUCCAUUACAAGUUCAACCCCGUCAAGACCAUCAUAUCCUUAAUUUCACCGCCGUCCGCCACGAAUGUGGUGGGGACGCUGAACAUGUUAGGGCUGGCGAAGAGAGUGGGGGCGCGCUUCUUGCUGACUAGCACCAGCGAGGUCUACGGCGACCCCCUCCAGCACCCUCAGGUCGAGACCUAUUGGGGCAACGUCAACCCCAUCGGCGUAAGGAGCUGUUACGAUGAGGGGAAGCGAACGGCGGAGACGCUAACCAUGGAUUACCACCGUGGUCUCGGCAUUGAGGUGAGGAUUGCUCGUAUAUUUAACACAUAUGGGCCUCGGAUGUGCAUCGACGACGGUCGCGUUGUUAGCAAUUUUGUCGCUCAAGCAUUGAGGAAGGAGCCAUUGACCGUCUAUGGCGAUGGGAAGCAAACCAGGAGUUUCCAAUACGUGUCUGACCUGGUAGAGGGACUGAUGAGGUUGAUGGAAGGGGAUCACGUGGGUCCUUUUAAUCUUGGCAACCCUGGCGAAUUCACCAUGCUCGAGCUCGCUCAGGUGGUGCAGGAGACAAUAGACCCAAAUGCAAAAAUAGAGUUCCGGCCAAACACAGAGGACGAUCCGCACAAGAGAAAGCCGGACAUUUCGAGGGCUAAGAAGCUUCUCGGGUGGGAGCCGACGGUGUCCCUCCGCCAGGGACUCCCCCUCAUGGUUACCGACUUCCGGCAGCGCAUCUUCGGCGACCAGAUGGAAGCAGCCGCCGGUGGUGGUGGUCGUGCCAAGUCCUCUGGUUAAUCAGUUAACUGCAAGUUAAUGAAUUAAUACAAUAUUCAUGAUCUGCAUGCGUAUCCACAGGAAAUUAAUAAUGCAAUUGCAUGGAAUGGAAGCUAGCCAGCCUAGGAAGAUCGAAUAAUUAAGAUAGAAUAGUUAAUCAUUGAUCCGAGUGUUGGGAGGUCUCAUGCAUAAUUCUUUUUCUGGUUCAUAUAUAUAUAUAUUUCGUGGCUGGUUGAGCCACCACCCAGUUUUGCGUUUGUAAAUUUCUAUCCUUCUUAUUUUCUAUUAUUGAUUAUGUUGUACUACGUUUUGCUCAUUUUUUCCUUUUAUAAUUUAUAAUAUCAUUUCUAUUGCGAU